AUGUCGGCACUACGUCUCGUGUGUGCGUCCUGCAGCAUUGUUGACGUCGGUCCAUCGUGUGCCAAGUGUGCGCAAAAGCUUAGGACACCCACUGCCUUUGACUGUGCGAAACUCGGGCUACUUCCGGAGCUGCAAGAUCUAAUAAAGCAGGUCAAAAACCCGACUUUUGACGUGAAUACUGUCGACGAAAAUCAAGCAACGCUUUUACAUCAUGCAGCAAUCAGUGGUAAAAUGGGUGUGCUGGAGUUUUUACUUGGAGAGAACGAACUGCGAGCUAACGUACAAAUAGAAGCUCUUGGAGGAACUAUGCAGACGACACCACUGUACUGGGCAGUUUCUUAUAACCAAAUCUAUGCGGUAGAAUUGCUUUUACGAAACGGGGCCGACCCAAAUUUCAGCGAUGAAAUGGGUUUUACGCCGUUUUUACUAGCAAUUCAACGCUGUUUCCCCAUAACCGCAGCAUAUUUAAUAGCCAAGGGCACUGAUGUGAAUCAACGCGUACAAGAUAAAAGUCAAAUAACGGCGUUAAUGCUGCUUUGUCAGCCGCAACAAUUUCACUUGGAUACAUUUCGAAUGGUCUUAAGUCUUCAAGCUAUUGUGGAUGCACAGGACAUUGAUGGCAAUACUGCCCUUCAUCAUGCGGCCAUGAAUAAUAUUGCUAUGGCUGUGCGGAUGCUACUUGAUGUAAGAGCCGAUACAAAUAUUGUGAAUAAGAAGGGUUUGACGGCCUUGGAAAUUGCAACUUUGAGACUUCGGCCAGAUUCGUCAGUGCGUCAUCUUCUUAAGGAAGAUGAACAGCUGCAGCAUCUUUCACGAUGGACUUCGAUUCCGAAACAAACUCUUGAGGACAACCUGUACAAGCUCGCAUUUUUCGUACCAUGGGUGGUGUUUCCUCUUGCAUGCUACGUGGUAGUAGCCGUAAAUGGGUGGCGUUUAAUCAUGCUAUCGCUUUCCGUUCUAUUGGUCGGAGCGAUACUGGUGCUUAAAUUGCUACAGCGUGGCUCCUACGGUGACAAACGCAAGGCAGCACCAUUGAUGUUCGGGAUCAACGUCGCAUCCAUUGGAUAUCUUGUUGCCAGUUUUCCUCAAUUCAGUGGCUACAGCAGCACUGCAUUUUGCACAUUUGCAACUUUCUCGUUUGCUGUGAUUGGGGUCACAUUGUACAAAACAGCUACUUCGGACCCGGGCGAGGUGUUCACAUCUUACGAUGAGAAGCUGCAUAAUAUCCGCUGCCUGGUCGAGUCAAAGCUGCCGAGCGCAACUAAAUUGUGUCUCACAUGUUUGCACAAGAGACCGCUUCGUGGGAAGCAUUGCGCCGAGCUCAAUUCGUGCAUUGCCAAGUUUGAUCACUAUUGCCCUUUUGUGGUAAAUGCUAUUGGCGCACAGAACCAUGCAGCCUUCUUGGGGUUCCUCUUUUCGGCCGUGCUUUCAAUCGGGCUGGAGCUGAUAGCUUGCAUGCGCUUUGCACGCGCGCAACCGAAGCUUGUGGGAGACUUCACAGUUCAGUGGCAAGUGUGGAAUUGGAAGUGGUCUUUGUGGAAUUUACUCUUGGGCACAAGCAACACUGCCACCAAUACACCCCCUGGCUUGAUUGACUGGCUUUGGAGCGUCGCACAUUUUGAACCAGUACUGUUUUGUGUCAUGCUUCUGGACGUCGUGCAGAUUGUAUGGAUCGCCUACAUGCUUCUUUUCCACCUCUACUUGAUGUGCGCGGCCCUUACGACAAAUGAGGUUGUGAAGAAUGAAAAUCUCAAUCGUGCGUAUUCUCGAGGCAUUUUGUGCAACGUGGUGGACUUCCUCGGCCUGCCGGGUCACCGAUCAGUGGAUUGGCGUCGCGUGUAUAAUCUGGAGGAGUUUGAUGGCCAAAUUGCAUCAUGUGCUCUAUUAUCAGACCAAAUACGCAAGAACAUAUGA